AUGGGGUUGUUAGCCCACGGCCAGCUGCUAACAACUCAGUAUAAAACUUUGCCAUUUACUCCCAAACAACAGGAACUAACUCGUGUCAAUAAAUUUGGAAAGGACGUUGCCAUGAAGUCUUUAAGUGUGUUGUUACUGGCCUCAGCAUUUCUACUGACUUCUCAUCUUUAUGGUGUUGAAGGAUUAAUGGUCAAUGUUGUAGUACCUCAAGGAACAGAGUCAGUCAAUGGAUCUAGUGUGGCAAUGGGAUGUACUAGUCCACUAGUAGACAGUGGUGGUGUGAUGGUGUGUGAGUCACUAAGCUAUCUGAUUGAUGGUUGCUCUCCUGAUAUUGACACAAGUACCUCGGACUGGGCAUCUCAGCUAGUGACAGUGAGGAGCAGUGAGGGAACUUCUGAUCUCCCUUUCCCUCAUGUUCUGCUGACAUUUGGCUUUGACACAGCUGUGUCUCUGACUGGAAUUGAGAUGGACUUGUUCAACUGUCCUGACUGGAACAUUGGUAUUCCCCCUAUCACAGUGUAUCUCGAUCCAGAUUACAACUUAGCAGCUACCACCAACAUAUUAUUUAGCCUUCCAUUUGCGUCUGCUGGUGACAAUUCCCUCCAGUCAUCUUGUGAUUCCCUUUCAACUGUUACCAUUUCCGGAGGCUCAUUCGAUGGAUCCUAUCACACAGUCUAUAUUCUAGUGGACCUAUCUUUCUCAUCCAUACAGUGGGUUCAUGUGGGAGAGGUCAGGUUCAUUGGUGAACAACUUCCAGUUAUUGCGGAAACAACUAGUAUCCCUACUACCUCUCUCCCCAGUCCUACCUCUGUCUACACCACCAUCUCCACACCGACUAUCUCAUCCAUUGACAUAAUAAGAAAGACCUCUAGCCUGACACUCGAUCUGUCAUCUUCUACAGCCUCGCUCCUUCCCUCACCUACUGUCUCUCUUUCCACUGAAACUGCUUUUCCCGUCACCACUUCUGCCAUGCCAUCUCCUGCUAUAGCUUUCACCAACAGCUCAAUAAUAGAACUUGCCCCUUCUCGGAGUCUCUCUAGGCCUACAAUCCCACCAAGUGUGGCCUCCACAGCAAAGAGUACACCUGCCUCUAAAGGAGUUGCUGCCACCCAUUAUAUCCCUACACUCUCAUCCGCAACAGCAAAAGAGACAAUAAUAGCGUCAAUUCCUUCCCCCAGACAAUCAAAGACUGCUGUUGGAGUUUAUCUCCCCACAUCCACAAGUCUCGUUGCUUCAACCUCAAUGCCUGUGCCGCCUCCUGGGAAGGAUCAGGACAUAGUACUGUCUUUAGCCACUGCGUCGGUCAUUUUGUCGCUGCUGAUUAUCACACUGAUAAUCACCUUAGUUGUUUUAGUGCUCUACAAGAAGGGCCUCAAGAGAGACUCGUACAAUGGCGAUUCUUACAUAGCGAUUGGACCCCUUGCCCCAGCUCUCAUAGAUGUCCCUGAAGAAGAAGAAGAGUUAGGGGUGCACAAGGUUACUGUGCCAACGGACCGUGAAAACGGUAACAUUUACGAAGUUGCGAAAUGA